CGUGUUUCCGUCUGGCUUUUGGCGACUAGAUAUUGCAUCAUUAGGCCGCUACAUGUGAGACUGGCAAAUCCUCGUUGCUGGAAAUUAAAGCAACGUGAUUUUCUGAGGAGGUCGCAGAUAAACUAAGAAAAUGCCUAAAAAAGCGAAGGAGGAAACGGAGUGGGUGGACACUGAUGUGGCUCCAGGGGCAGAAAAAACUGUGAAAAAGGGGAAAAAAGACAAAAAGGGGAAAAAGAGUUUUUUUGAGGAACUUUCAACGGAUAGCAAAACGGAGAAGGUUGAUGAGCCAGCUGGGAAAGACAACCAAACAAAACAGCCCCAGAAAAAAAAGGAGCGACGGAAAGGUAAAGGUGUGGAAGAAGAUGACGAUGAGAAGGAGGUCAUGGCGACUUUGAAAAAGCUUUCGGUACAAGCGAGCGACGAGGAAGACGAAUCAGGAUUCAUCUCAAACAAAAGAAACAAGGAAAAGGUUCGUUCCCCUCCUCCUGAUAAAUGCGCUCAGGCUACAGGAAACAUCUUUGCUGCUCUCAGCCAAGGACAGAGCGAAGAAGAGGAAGAAGAAGAAGAUGAUGAUGAUGAUGAUGAUGAUAAGAAUAAGCAGCGUGCAGUGAAGAAAGGAAAAGGAGCUGUACGGCAACAGAAGAUGGACGACGAUGAGGAGGACGACGAUGAUGGAGACAAUAUGAUGAGUGCUGAGGACGUGAUCGCACAGCAGGCCCAGGAGGAAGCAGACGACCCGUUUGCUAACCUGAGCAAAAAGGAGAAGAAAAAGAUGAAAAAAAAGAUGGAAUAUCAGCGGCAGGUGGAAAGCGUCCGAGCUCAGAACGCCCUGGAAGGAGAUUUCUCCGUAUCUCAGGCUGAGAUGUCCUCCAGACAGGCAAUGCUAGAGAACGCCUCGGAUAUUAAGCUGGAGAAGUUCAGCAUAUCUGCUCAUGGCAAGGAGCUGUUCGUUAACGCCGACCUUCUGAUUGUGGCAGGAAGAAGAUAUGGUUUAGUCGGACCAAAUGGCAAAGGAAAAACCACGUUACUGAAGCACAUAGCAAACAGAGCUCUCAGUAUUCCUCCCAACAUUGACGUGUUGCUGUGUGAACAGGAGGUGGUAGCCGAUGACACGCCGGCCGUGCAAGCUGUGCUGAAGGCCGACACCCGGCGGCUCAAGCUCCUGGAGGAGGAAAAGCAGCUCCAGGCCCGUCUGGAGAAAGGAGAAGACAGCGUGGCUCAGAGGCUGGAGAAGGUCUAUGAAGAGCUCCGAGUGAUCGGAGCUGCAGCAGCUGAAGCCAAGGCCAGAAGGAUCCUGGCUGGUUUGUCGUUUACCCCUGAGAUGCAGAACAGACCCACUAAAAAGUUCUCAGGAGGGUGGAGGAUGAGAGUUUCUCUAGCUAGAGCCCUUUUCAUGGAGCCCACGCUUCUGAUGCUGGACGAACCCACCAACCACCUGGACCUGAACGCUGUUAUCUGGCUCAACAAUUACCUGCAAGGCUGGAAGAAGACUCUCCUCAUCGUUUCCCACGACCAGAGUUUCCUGGAUGAUGUUUGUACUGAUAUCAUCCACCUAGACAACCAGAAACUCUACUAUUACAGAGGAAACUACUUGACCUUCAAGAAGAUGUACGUGCAAAAGCAGAAGGAGCUGCAGAAGCAGUACGACAAACAGGAGAAGAAGCUGCAGAUGCUGAAGGCUAGCGGAAAGUCCACCAAGCAGGCCGAGAAACAGACCAAGGAGGCUCUGACCAGAAAGCAGCAGAAAGGCAAAAAGAAGGGAGCUCAGGAGGAGGAGAGCCAGGAUGCAACUGAGCUGCUGAAGAGGCCUAAAGAGUACACCGUGAAGUUCACCUUCCCCAACCCUCCUCCGCUCUCGCCCCCCAUCCUGGGGCUGCACAGCGUUGACUUUGGCUACGAGGGUCAGAAGCCUCUCUUCAAAAACGUGGACUUUGGCAUCGACAUGGAAUCCAGAAUCUGCAUCGUUGGACCUAAUGGCGUUGGGAAGAGUACUCUGCUGCUGCUGCUCACAGGAAAACUGAACCCUAUCAAGGGUGAGAUGAGGAAGAAUCAUCGCUUGAAAGUGGGCUUCUUUAAUCAGCAGUACGCUGAUCAGCUCAACAUGGAGGAGACGGCGUCAGAGUAUCUCAUGAGGAAAUUCAACCUUCCCUACCAGGACAGCAGGAAGUGUCUGGGACGUUUCGGCCUUGAGAGUCACGCACACACCAUCCAGAUCUCCAAACUCUCCGGUGGCCAGAAAGCCAGAGUGGUGUUCUCUGAGUUGGCCUGCCAUCAACCAGAUGUCCUUAUCUUGGAUGAGCCCACGAACAAUUUGGACAUCGAGUCAAUAGAUGCCUUAUCGGAGGCCAUUAAUGAAUACAAAGGAGCGGUGAUCAUCGUGAGCCACGACGCGCGGCUCAUCACGGAGACCCAGUGCCAGCUGUGGGUGGUGGAGGACCAGACGGUGAACCAGAUCGAGGGAGACUUUGAAGACUACAAGAGGGAGGUGUUGGAGGCUCUGGGAGAAACUAUGGUCAACAAGGUCAACCCGUGAUCGGACCCCAUCAUCACAACAGCUGGAGAAUCAGUCAUUCCUCCUCUUUAAACCCAACGCUGAUGCUUAAUAAACACUUCCUCAGACGUCC